AUGGACUCCAUCCUCGAUCCUAAACUUGUCGAACCGACUAUCCGACACUCGGUCGACCCUCGACAGGCUUCAAUUAGUCAUGAACUCGUAAUAAAUCGAAAAGUAGCUUCUAACUCACCCGAUAUGUUUCCCCCAAAGGUCCCUAUUACCUUUACCUAUAAGAGGAAGGACACAGAUCCUCCCAUCUAUAUAGCAGGUUCAUUUUCGGAGCCGCCAUGGCAGCCCCAGGAGAUGGAUGUCGCCAUCGACCAGCUUGGAGGUUAUCUAUUCACUAAACAAGUCAUGGUUGACGAUGGCACUGAAAUCCAAUACAAAUUCCGCAUAGGAUCUGGUGAUUGGUGGGCCUUGGAUGAAAGUGCCGAUACAGUCACGGACGAAUCUGGAAACACGAACAAUAUUCUCAGAGUCUCAAUUGAUGCGACUCAAGAAAAUGUCACCGAGGUGCCAAACCCUAAGGCCAACGAAUCAGAGGGGUUGGAAACCAACAGUGGCACGGAGACUCCGGACUUCGCACAGACAGCUGACGAGGUGUCUGGCUCGGCACGCACUUUAGAUCCCGAGACUCCUGAGCCGGAGAUAUCAGACGGCGAAGCAGGAAGAAUAGGUACCCGGCGCAUGUCAACCACUCCAAUUGGUGAAGUCUCAGAGACAGCUGCGGAGGUCGCCAACGUCGCUGCGACCCUGGAUAAUGAUGAAUCUGCUUUAGACGACGUAGAUGAGGGCCAAAAAAACCUAUGCCCUAUAUUCUCCCACGAGUCCGUAGGACCGUCUUUUCACAAAGAAGACAUAUCCGAUAAUGAUGGCAUUAUCAAGGAUAAUAAAUCUCAUUCCGAGUCCGGCAACCCGGCUAUUGAGAUCGAGGACCAAGACUUAGACUUUGACGAUCCUCACUUGGAAGAGUUCCCGUCGGACAAUCGGGAGUCUAUCAUGGCUGCCAUGCGACGCAUUUCGACGAGCAUAGACGCCGACCGCACAAUUGUCGACGAAGUUCCACAGUCACCUGUAAUUACAAUUCUCCAGAAUCGCAAGAAUGCCGAAUCACUAGAUAACCAGGGUGAGUUACUCUCGGAUGUUAAACAGAAUCUCCGCCCCAGCAAUAGCAAUAGGCGGUCGCAUUCCGGUCGCAGAGCAUCAUCGUCAAACUCUCUGGGGUCAAUUUUUGAAGACGAUGAAGCUCGCAACGGGCAUGCGACUGGUGAGAUGGAGGAUGCCACAGCUCCGUUUGUACAACAUCCUGGACCUUCUUGGGGUUCUCCUACCCCUGAUCGCGUCGUUAGCGAUGACGAAAAAGACGAAGGCAUUGCCAUGAGGGUUGAUUCCAGGAAAUUGGCCGAGCAAUCUCAACAAUGCCCGCCAUCCUUACCUUCACCACCUGCAUCUUCCGACGGGAAUAUUCCGGAGGCCGCAGAGCUGGUCCCAGACAAAACUGCAUCGGUACUGGAGGACCCAGUGCCGGAAGACAACGCAGAUGUUUCGGGAAGUAAUGACGACGUACCAGCCGUCGUCGAAAGCGAUUUGCCUAAGCCCAGCACAACUAUUACUGCACGUCGCACACCAGAUAGGUGCUUGAGUGACAGUUCCAGCGUGGAGAGUACAAGCGAAGCAGGAGGAAAAUCAACAUCUUUGGGUACUACCAGCCCGCCAGGCCUACGGAAACGUAUAAUUGACAGGCCGGCUACUCCACCUUCUACGCAUCACUUCCAGGGCCGCAAUAAAUAUCCGGACUGGCUCGAAGCUUGCAUACGGAUCGUGUUCGUGAAAUGGAUUGGGGGUCUUGCGUCGUGGCUACACGACCGCAGGAACAAAGCGCUCAUGGCUGCUGGCACGGCUGCUAUCGUCGUUGGGGUAGGCUUAUUAUGGCAGAAUCCGGUUCGACUCUAG